AUGGCGAUAAGAUACGCGGAACCAACUUCAGAACAAACACCUAUCAACGCUCGCAGCGCUAAUGGACGUGGCCGGUGGCGUGAUUUCUACUCUAGCCUGCGCUGUCCAGUCGAUAUAGCGGUUGCAUGCAUGACUGCGGUUUGCGGAACUCCCAGUCCGGCAAACUGGCCAGACGUCGAGAAGAUGCCCCUCUUCAAUACCCUGAGGAGUAAGAAGCAGUAUGUCAGGUGUCUUCGAGAAGAGUUUGCUCAGGUGGUGCCGUCAGGAGCCAUAGAUUUGAUGGACAAAAUGCUGCUACUGGAUCCUAAACGGCGAAUUUCCGCUAAGGAUGCCAUAAGUCAUUUCUGGAUUAAGAACUUCGACUAUUCUACUGUUCCUCCGCUAAGACUGCCUCAACAUCAGGAUUGUCAUGAGUUGUGGAGUAAGAAGCAGAGGAAGGAAAGGCGGUCUAACAAUCCAAGGAGUCAACAGUUCGAAGGACAGGAGUUGGAAUUGUCAGCUUGUCCGCCUCCGCCUACAGCUGCUCUGCAGUAUGACAGGCGACGGAAUUCUCCUUCUAAUGGUUAUGUCAAUCAGUCCUCCAUCAAUCCCAGCAGGACAGAAGCUGUCGAGCAAGCUAUAUCGGCUGUAUUGCAAACAUCAGACACAACACAGCUGGUGAGGCUGCUCCAGUAUACGAGUGAAGCUGACGACGUUGCCAUACUCAACAGGCUUUCGCAGUCUGCUCAGUUUGUCCUGCCUCCUGGUGAUUCGCGUCCGAUAAAGGAGAGAUUGCUUGAUGUCCUGUCGAACAGAGCACAUAUUGGUAGAGGUUCGUCGUCAAUCAAUUUCGUUCCUGGACAUCCUGGAAAUGUUCUACAGCAGAUGCCUACAACUGCUAAUCCCAUUGAGAAUUCUAGUGUCUAUCGAGGUGUCACACAUCAUCCACAACCACCUCCCUAUAGAUGA